UUACAGCGUUUCUUCUAUCCUAGCCUCUGAACUAUAACAUGAGGCUUCGAGGCAAUGGCCCAGGCAGGGGUCAUCAUUUGCAUCAAAUUUUGGUGGCAUUGGCCAUAUUGGCGGUUGCUAAUGUAGUUUCAGCAGACACUUACAUAUAUUCUUCUCCGCCACCUCCAACGAAUGAGUACAAGUCACCACCACCUCCUUCUUCAUCUCCACCACCACCUUAUGAGUACAAAUCUCCACCUCCUCCAUCACCUUCUCCCCCACCACCAUACAUCUAUAAAUCUCCACCUCCUCCUUCACCGUCUCCAACUCCUCCAUAUGUGUAUAAGUCUCCACCUCCUCCAUCGCCUUCACCCCCACCACCUUAUGAGUAUAAAUCACCUCCUCCCCCUCUAUCUUCUCCCCCACCACCAUAUGUGUACACGUCUCCACCAACCCCAUCACCUUCACCUCCACAACCUUAUGAGUAUAAAUCACCACCUCCUCCUUCACCUUCUCCACCACCACCAUAUGUGCAUAAGUCUCCACCACCUCCGUCACCAUCUCCACCACCAUCAUACUACUACAAAUUCCCUCCUCCACCGUCACCAUCGCCUCCACCACCAUAUUACUACAAGUCUCCACCACCUCCCUCACCAUCACCACCACCCCAAUAUUACUACAAGUCUCCACCACCUCCCUCGCCAUCACCACCACCACCCUACUACUAUAAGUCUCCACCUCCACCUUCACCGUCGCCUCCACCGCCAUACUAUUACAAAUCUCCACCACCGCCCUCACCAUCACCACCCCCACCCUAUUAUUCUAAGUCUCCUCCACCACCUUCGCCAUCCCCUCCCCCACCAUAUUAUUAUAAAUCUCCACCGCCUCCCUCACCUUCUCCUCCACCACCUUACUAUUAUAAGUCGCCUCCACCACCAUCGUCAUCACCUCCUCCACUUUAUUACCACAAGUCUCCACCUCCGCCUGCUAAGCCAUAUCCUUCCCCAUACUAUUAUAGUUCUCCACCCCCACCAAUGAAGUCUCCUCCGCCAUAUCACUACUCUUCACCACCACCACCAACGAAAUCACCUCCCCCACCAUAUCACUAUAUUUCCCCAACACCACCAGUAAGGUCACUUCCUCCUCCGUACUACUACAGUUCUCCACCGCCACCCAAGAAGGCACCUCAUACUCCACACUAUUAUAGUUCUCCUCCACCAUCUAAGAAGUCAUCUCCUACGUCAUAUUACUACACUUCCCCUCCACCCUCGAUUAAGCCAUCUCCAACUCCAUACAACCACGCCUCCCCACCACCACCAAAGAAGUUUUCUCCCUCACCAUACUACUACACUUCACCACCACCACUUACUCAUUACUAUCCUUCACGCCAUCACAUGGUGGUCAUGGUUGUUGGACAAGUCUAUUGUUUAAGAUGCUACGACUGGAAACACCAAAAAAUGUCUCAUGGCAAGAUAUACCACAAAGAUGUUGUUGUUCGAGUGACUUGCAAGGCUGGUAACAAGUUAAUUGCCGGUUAUGGUAAUACUAAGAUCAAUGGAAAAUUUAGCAUAACUCUUAAAGGAUUUGACUAUCGCAAAUAUGGAGCAAAGGCUUGCCAGGCUAAACUCCACAGGGCACCAAAAGGUUCAAAGUGUAACAUUCCUACAAAUAUUCAUUUGGGAAAUACGGGUGCUAGCCUCAAAGUGUACUCAAAGACUAGUCAUGAAGUUGUACUCUAUGCAGAAUCAUUUGCUUAUGCUCCUAAGACACCUUAUGGGAUGUGCAAGAAGACCAAACCUACACCUGCUCCAUACUACUACAAAUCUUCUCCACAUCCAUCACCGGAUUAUGUUUAUAAGUCACCUCCUACUCCAUCACCAGCAUAUGUUUACAAGUCACCUCCUCCUCCAUCACCAGAACACAUUUACAAAUCUCCACUGCGACCUACUUACCAUUACAAAUCUCCACCACCGCCAGCUAAGUCUCAAUCACCUCAUUAUUACUACAAGUCUCCACCUCCACCAUCACCAAGUACACCUUCACCUAUAUACUAUAACAAGUCACCUCAUCCACCAUCAACGUCUCCGUCACCACACUACCAUUACAAGUCACCUUCUUCAUCCCCAUCUUCUCCUCCGCCUUACUAUUAUAACUCACCACCACACCCAUCACCAUCUCCUCCGCCUCCUUACUAUUACAAAUCUCCUCCACCCUCAUCACCUUCUCCUCCUUCUCCAUACUACUACAAGUCCCCACCACCACUAUCUCUCUCUCCUCCUCCACCAUACUACUACAAAUCCCCACCACCACCAUUGGCAUCUCCUUCACCAUCCUACUACUACAAGUCUCCACCACCACCGUCACCAUCACCUCCACCACUAUAUUACUACAAGUCACCACCACCACCAUCACUAUCACCACCACCGCCUUACUACUAUAAGUCUCCUCCUCCACCAUCCCCAUCACCACCACCACCCUACUACUACAACUCCCCACCACCACCAUCUCCCUCUCCUCCUCCACCAUACUACUACAAAUCCCCACCACCGCCAUCGGCAUCUCCUUCACCAUCCUACUACUACAAGUCUCAACCACCACCGUCACCAUCACCUCCACCACCAUACUACUACAAGUCACCACCACCACCAUCACCAUCACCGCCACCGUCUUACUACUAUAAGUCUCCUCCUCCACCAUCCUCAUCACCACCACCACCCUACUACUACAAGUCCCCACCACCACCAUCUCCCUCUCCUCCUCCACCAUACUACUACAAAUCCCCACCACCACCAUCGACAUCUCCUUCACCAUCCUACUACUACAAGUCUCCACCACCACCGUCACCAUCACCUCCACCACCAUACAACUAUAAGUCACCACCACCACCAUCACCAUCACCACCACCGCCGUACUACUAUAAGUCUCCUCCUCGACCAUCCUCAUCACCUCCCCCGCCCUACCACUACAAGUCCCCACCACCACCAUCACCAUCUCCCCCACCUCCAUAUUACUACAAGUCCCCACCACCACCAUCACCAUCUCCCCCACCUCCAUACUACUACAAGUCUCCUCCACCACCAAUCAAGUCUCCUCCUCCUCCUUAUCACUACAACUCGCCUCCCCCACCCAUAAAAUCUCCUCAUCCGCCAGUAUACAUUUAUGCUUCUCCACCACCUCCAAUUAAUUACUAAGUUUUUUUGAGAGUUCAACCGCCAUCUACAGUUAUCCGAAUUUUAAUUUAAAGAACAAAAUAAGUGAUGGCUUCUUGAGGGGAAGAUUCAAACAUCAAUGGUACAUAACACUUAAUUCAUCAAAAUGAUUUCUGUUUUGCGACGGAAUGAUUGAUCCGUCGUGACCUGGACCUGCUUGAUUCUACUUCUCUUGUGGCUUUUUUGCACAUUUUUCUCGUUGUGUCUUCACACGGAAGUGGCUUCAACAACUAAAUUAUUCACAAGAGGGAGCUAAUCAAUUAGAAGUCCUUUGGAGGUGUAUCUGAUUUUUUAUGCUUCACAGUGCAGUUUCUUCGUAAUUUAUUGUUGUAUGGAGAAUGUCCUCUCUUUUUAUCCUUUUCUUAUUUGCUAUUGUGAGUUGUUCCAUUGUACCUUCUAGUGCUUUUUGCACCAAAUCAAUUAAAAGAUGAUUCUUU